AUGCCGGUACUGUGCUGUUAUGCAAAACGACGUCGUGCAAGUCCAGCAGCUAAAUCGCCUGUGCAGUGCAGACGAGACAUAAUUGAUAUGAGAUUGGCAAGAUUGGAUGAAUUUGACAAUUUGACACCGUUAAUGGUGGUAUCAGGCGGUAAUAAUGAAACAUCAUCUUCACGUAGUCACCGCGUCACGGCGAUUAUUUCACGAAGUCCACCACCUCCAAGAUGUCUGACCAACGGAAAAACGAUGAUCGUUCCACUGAAUUCCGGAAAAGGAUGUGCACCAUUUGCACCAUUGCUUGGUACACCUGACAGUAAAGGUACAUCAUUCGAGAAUGAUAUCACAAAAGGUUGCAGUGCGAUAAUGGAAGAUAAUGAAAAUGCACCGAUAUCCUCAAACCUUGAUAAAUUUGAUGCAGAUUUUAUUUCCAUUGAUCGAACUACUGCAUCAUAUUUAGAACCGAGACAGCAAAGACAUCAGCAGUGUGAAUGUGGCAUACCAAAGCCGGAUAAAAUGCCCAGCUUUGAGUUGCCGGCUCCGAGUUAUGCGCCACCAUCAUUACCAACACUCUUAGUCCAUUCACCACGGUUUAAUUUACGACAAGAAUUGUCAGCGGUUAUUGAAACCAACAACAGUUUUGAUAUUAAUAAUGACGCAAAGGCGACGAAAAGUCCAAGCAUUAAUUCAGUGAACUCACUUGGCAGCCCGCAAGACUCAUCGUUCAGCAUGGGGUCACCGUUGGACACAAGUGCUUCAAUUAGUGGUAGUUUUUGUGCUGCCGGUGAAGGGGAGAUGAAUAUGAGUGAAAAGGGGCGAGUUUACUCUCUUGAAACAGGGUUACAGCAACGAAUUGAUAUGGAAAUUUACGGAUUUUCUCCAGAACUAGAUUACUCAAUAUCUGAUCCAGAUUCACAGCAGAAAUAUAUUCUUCAUCGGAUAGAAGAAGAAUCGGAGCAAAAUGGAGAUAUUGAAACAGCCGGUAUAGUGACAAGUCGAACUCUUGAUUCAAUCAAAUCAGCCUUCUCACAUUCAAAUCAAGUUGAUUCGCAAUGCAACAUUAUUAUUCCGCAUUCUAUUUCUCAACAGUUUGAAUUGAUGAACCUUCGUGAAUGCCUGUAA